AUUUUGACAGUUGUAGGUGGCGCAAUGAUCCAUAAUGGUGAUAAGAUUUAUUAAAACGUGAAUUAAUUCGUCAAACUAUAAUAAUUUUUUUCGCAAAAACUAUCAAUUUGCAAAUACAAGUUCCCAUAUCAGUUGUUAUUUUUUUUUUUUACAUAUUAUAUAUCCGGCUUCACCAUAAGUAACUGUGCACCCAGUAUUUUUUUUUCGUUACCAUAUUAUAGAAGAGAUUACUCCAAAACGAUUGAAAGUGUUUUUUACAAACUUUUAUUAAUAUAAAAAUAAAAAAUAUUAAUGUAUUAAACAAUAUGUAUACAUUUGCUAAUCCCAUUAAGAAAAGACUUUUCAUCAGUUAUCAUAAUAAAUUAUUUUAUAAAAUUACAAAGAUAUUGGGUAUUAAUUUUUCUAUGUCAUGUAUUCAUAAUAAAGAUGAAUUUUCGAUUUCAAAACAUCUUCAAAGCAAGAUCAAAGCAUGUGGACCAAUAACUGUUGCAGAAUUUAUGAAAGAAGCUUUGACAAAUCCUGUAGGUGGAUAUUACAUGAAUAAAGAUGUUUUUGGAAAAACUGGUGAUUUUAUAACUUCUCCAGAAAUAAGUCCACUCUUUGGAGAAAUGAUAGGAGUUUGGGUAUUGAAUGAGUGGAGAAAAAUUACUAAAGAUGAUUUUCAUCUUGUAGAACUAGGUCCAGGUAGAGGUUCAUUGACUAGAGAGAUUUUAAAAAUUUUUAAGCGAUUUAAGAUGCUUGAAAAAGUAUCUGUUCACUUGGUUGAAGUCAGUCCUGCUUUAUUAGAUAUUCAAGCAGAACAAUUAAGUGUUACUUUGAAAGAAACACCAACAGUAAGUGAUACAAAUGGUAAACCAUCAAUUUCACAUUAUAAAGAAGGAGUUACUGCAGAUGGGACUAAAGUUUUUUGGUAUCGUGCAGUAGAAGAUGUUCCUAAAAAAUUCAGUAUUUUUGUAGCUCAUGAAUUUUUUGAUGCGUUACCAAUUCAUAAAUAUCAGAAAAUUAAAGGUUCUUGGCGAGAAAUAUUUAUUGAUAUAGAUCCUAAGAACGAUGAUAAAUUUCGUUACGUUAUAUCAAGCUUCCCAACACUGACUUCAAAAUUAUUUAUCACGGAAAAUGAACAACGAGACCACGUAGAAGUUAGCCCUCAAACUUUAACCACCGUGGAUUAUUUAGCACAAUUUCUCAAAGAAAAUGGAGGAAUUAUGUUAAUUGUUGAUUAUGGUCAUAUUGGAGAUAAAAUGGAUACUUUCAGAGCAUUUAAAAAUCACCAACAACAAGAUCCGCUUCUUAAUCCUGGUUCAGCAGACCUUACAGCGGAUGUGGAUUUUAGUAUGAUAAAAAAAAUUGCAACGAAGGAUAAUAGAACAAUAGUUUUUGGUCCUACAACGCAAAGGAAAUUCUUAUUGCAACUAGGUAUUGAAGUAAGAUUAAAAAUGCUUCAAAAAAUGACUGAUGCUCAGAGGAGCCAAUUGACAUCUGAAUAUCGAAUGCUUACGGAUCACGAUAAAAUGGGCGAAUGUUUCAAAGCUAUGGCUAUUUUUCCCGCGGUAUUGGAACAACAUUUAACAAUGUGGCCAGUGGCAGGAUUUUAUGAAGAAAAAGAGCGAAAAGAAAAUAACAACAAAAAUCAAAGUGAAUAAUUAUU